UCUCGUUCUCUUUCGCUUGCGUUUGCUUUGGGGCUUGCACCAAGUAUCGCAUCUCGUCUCGUGAGAGCGUGAAUGAUUUCUCGAGGCUCGAUACGUGUGUUUGACGCCACCGAUAUGUGCAGGAAAGCUCCGAUGCUCGGGCUGCUGCUGAUGCUGGCGGCGAGCUUCUCGCUCGGCCUGGCGCGCGGCGAGCAUCUCGAGACUGUGGCCCAGUGGCCGCUACUCGACUAUAUCUUCCCCUACGAUCCGGCCUUUCUCGAGCAGUUCCAGCCGGAGAACGUCGUGCCGACCGGCCUGGAGAUCGGCUGGCAUCGCAUCUUCGUCGCGACGCCGCGGCUGCGCGCCGGUGUGCCGGCCACCCUGAGCUUCAUUCCGCGCGACAUACCCGGGGGCAGCGCGCCCCACCUGCAGGCCUACCCCAGCUGGGAGUGGCACAGCGCCGGCAAGGGCGACUUCAACUGCUCCAAGCUCAUAUCGGUCUACAGGAUACGCGCCGACAAGUGCAACAGAUUGUGGGUCCUCGACAGCGGCAUCAACACUUCGAUCGACGACUUCACCGUCGCCUGUCCGCCCAAACUGCUCGUCUUCGAUCUGCAGAACGACCAGCUGGUGCGGCUGAUAACCUUCCCGCGUGAAUCGCUGAGACCGAAUUCGCUCUUCACCAAUCUGGUCAUCGACGACACCACGGCGGCAACUUGCGACGACGUUUACGUUUACAUUACCGACACCACUGGUCCCGGACUGGUCGUCGUGGAAGGCGCUACCGAUCGCAGUUGGCGAUUUUUACAUUCGUCCAUGUUACCUCAUCCCGAUCAAGCAACCUAUCAGAUCGGCCGUGAUUCGUUCGAGCUGUUCGACGGAAUCGUCGGUAUAGCGUUUUCGCCUCGACUGGCCACCGUCUAUUAUCAGCCACUGGCCACCGAUCGCCUCUUCAGCGUACCGACCACGGCCUUGCGAGCCGGACCACCUGGCUUCGAUGACGAGUUACCGGUCACGCUCAUCGGCCGCAAGUCCAGCCAAGGAAUCGGCUUGAGCGUCGAUCCGCGCGACGACAGUAUCAUUUUUUCGCCGCUCACGGAAACUGCCAUUGCCAUUUGGCAGCCACAGACCAAUGCCCAGAGAAUUCUGGCCUACAGCCCGGAGCUGAUUCAGUUCGCCGCCGAGGUGCGCUGGGUCGAGCGCGACAGCGGCAACAUUUGGGCGCUCACCACGCGCUUCCAGAAGUUCUUCAAGAAGCAGGUCGACCCGACCGACCUGAAUCUGCGCAUACUGAGGAUCAGACCGGAGAACGUCGUGCCUCGGCCGAUCUAUCCGCUGCGACACUUCAACGUGCCCGCUCAUCCGAGCUUCUACAACCGAACCCUGUCGUAUUUUUAAGAGCCGAAAAAAGAGGAGAGAAAAGCUGAAUCGGAUCGUGCGAAGCAGGAAUUUCCAAUCGAGCGAAUGUUGACUCUUUGCUGCCUUCUAAAAAGCACGUAC